UCUUUCAGUGUCGGUUCGGGUUCUGCUACGUUGGUUCGGGUUCUGCUCCAGAGAAAUGCCUCGCAGCGUCAAGCAGCUUCUGGCUGAAACCCUGGAGGACCUGAGCAAAGACAACCUGGACAAGUUCAUCUUCCAGCUGCUGGACCGCAGAGAGGAGCCGCGGGUCAGACGCUGCAGGGUGGAGGGCAAGAGCCGCCUGGAGGUCGUGGAUGUUCUGGUCUCCACCUUCACGGAGGACCAGGCUGUGGACGUCACCGUGGAGAUCCUGAGGAGCAUCAGCUGCAAGCAGCAGGCGGAGAGACUCAAAAUGCCUCCGAAAACGGCCAAGAAGAUUUUAAGUAACAAACUGGAGGAUCUGUCAGGAGACAACCUGAAGAAGUUCCGAACAGAACUACUGGACCGGAAGGACGGAGUUCGGACCAGCCAGGUGGAGGGAAAGGACUUCAUGGAGAUUUCAGACGUGAUGAUCAACGUUUACUCGGAGAAAAAAGCGCUGAAGGUGGCGGAGGAGAUCCUGAGAGAGAUCCGCUGCAAUCAGGCCGCGGACGAUCUGGUUGCAGAAGCUGAACAAGCAGGUUUGUUUAGUUCUGCUGGUGGAUCCAGUGAUGGGGAACAUUUUGUGGACAGACACAGGACUGAUCUGAUCCAGAGAGUCACCGCCGUCCCGGCCGUUUUGGACAAGCUCUUAAAAGCCAAAGUUAUCCAGGAUGAGACGUAUGAUGAGAUACUGGCGCUGCGGCCGUCCCAGGUCCAGAUGAGGACGCUGUACAAAUAUGUGAAGGCAGGAGGCCCGGCGGCUAAGGAUCUCUUCCUCAAAAUCCUGAAGGAGGAGCAAAGUUUUCUCAUCGAUGACCUGAUGAAAAAAUAGAUCCAUCUAAUUUAACCGAAUGAAAACAUUAAAAGCAUUUUUAAUGUAGAAGAAUAAAGAGUUGCUUGUUUUGUUUCUGUGGGUUUUAUCCUCUGCAGGAGAAGCAAACCUGUCACAACAGACCAGAUUUCUCCUUUUCUCGCUUCCUGUCGCUGGCUGCCAGAACAUUUUAUGAAACUUUAGCUUCUGACACUUUUCCACUCCUUAAAGCUGUGCAGUGAAACGUUGUGGGGAAUCAUUUUAAAAUCAUUUUGUUUCCUGGAUGUUUUCCUCGCAGCGUCGCUCUGGCGGCUCUGCAGCUUUGAUUUUUGAUUUUAAGUCUCUUUGAUUUUCACUGGUUCAGAUUUUCUUCGUGUUGAAGAAUAAACUAAAUAUUUGCAUUACAGCUGCAUGACUUCAGGAAUAUAUUUGAUUAUGAAACUAUAGCUGAAAAUUGUGACAUUGAUGAUAUUUGCAUUGCCAUGGAGACACUCCAGGUGUCACCAGGUGAGUCUGUGUCAUUGAUGUGCAGAGCAUGAACAGAAGACUCAUGAAAUAUU